GAUCAACAAUCGAACUGAACACUUUUCUUCAUUAAAAUCUAGCGGCUUUUCCUAACCACUGUAAAGGAAGGCAGUCCAGGGGAUAAAGGAAUUUCUCUGACAAUUUAAUACAGUAUCCUUUCAAUGCAUUUUACACGCGCGUGGCUCAUGCAUUCCGCUUGCUUUCCAAUGCAUAUAUAGAUAUAUCCACCGGUCAUGUCAUAUUUACAUAUCUAUGUCGAUUAUCAAAAGCAUGGCCCUACAAGUGGUCCGAUAUUUUUACUCUUAUAAAGAUCUUUGUGUCUGUGCAACAAUGUUGCAGCCAGCUGUGGUUAUUAUUUGAUCCACUGCUAUUUUUAACAUCAUGAUGUGACCGAUCACAGAUCGCUCGCUCUGCAAAUACACUACAGACCUCUAAAACUCUCGCAGCCAGUUUUGAUUUAAAGCGUUUCUUCUGGUGGAUCUGUGACACACAAGAGCCUGUUGGAUUUUAAGCUCUCUCGCUUUGGCCAGGAGCUUGAUAAAAAGCUCCCCUCCCCCAAGCUUUGGCGAAACAGGAACAACUUCUUUUAGAGGGAGCAAGAGAGAAAAAAGGUCUGCACAAGUUUGGGACGUCUUGGAUCAGCCAUGUACUUCGUUUGUACAUUUUUACUCCGGAGCUGAGGUUUCUUUUUACUAUUAAUUAUUGGGCUAUACCUUGGAUUGUCGUAUCCCUUUGUCAUCGAGAAGGAUCGGGCGUUCAUGCUCUUGAGAAUGUUUCUUUGGAAAAUGGGUUAUUUACCUCUAGGAUUACUAUAAUUGGGGGAACGCGCUCGCUUGUGGAAUAUCUUCACUUUUUUUUCCUAGCGAGAAUGGAAUUCGUGGAGCGCCGAUUUAUCGAGCUCUGACUUUUCAAGCAAUUGCAAAUCCAAUGGGAGCGUGUUUAUGUGGAAUAUCUGCUCAAAAUGGGUGUUCAGGUUGCGUCUGUGAUCUCCUGAGCUCACUGGUUUAAUCUACAAGAGAGGAGUCGCACACAAAUUCACACUCACUAUUUACAGUGGAAAUUAUUUUGCACACUCUUCAGAUGAGGGAGAACUGGACAUUUUGAAACCUGAGGGUCUUUCAAGAUCGUAGUGUGGUUGGUGGUGUUCGGUUGCAGUCAGUGCAGUCAUGGCCACAGCUAUAUCGUGACACAGAGGGACAUGUGUGGCCAGGGGCUGUGAGGGCUCCUCGGGGAGACUCCAGACAAGCCCACACAGAGAAUGCUGGAGGUGCAGGAGGAGAGACCAGCAGCAGCACCAGCCACGUCAACCUCAGGAAACACUUCAGGCAGGAAGGAGAGGGCCAAAGAACGGCAAGAGGAAGGCCAGGACUGCAGCAGCCCUGUCGCAACCCCUAAUACCGGGCCCCGGAGCACCCGGGCCAAAGCUACGCCCUCCACUACACACACACACUCCCACACACAUACACACACCUCCAGUCCCAACCAGCACUCUACUGCUCCUGCCUCUGUCUCACUGGGACUGACGUCAAUGCAUUCCAGCAAUCCCAAAGUGAGGAACUCUCCAUCGGCUAACACUCAGAGCAGUCCGAAAUCCAAGCAGGAGGCCAUGGUUAGGUCGCCACCCGUAAUGUCCCCCUCCAGCGCCGCCCAGAUGGACUCCAAACUGCCCAACCAGGGAAAGCAGGGGGGUGCCAGCAGCCAAUCACAGCCUUCCCCUUGUGACCCCAAGUCACUGAGUGGAAGCCACACCCCCAAAGGUCCCCAGGGCCCAAUAGGGAGUAUGGGACUCAAAAAUGGACAAGGCCUGAGUUCAGGAAAUGGGGCAAAAGGCAAGAUUAAAAGAGAGAGAAGCACUUCAGUGGAGUCUUUCGAACAAAGGGAUACAGGAACACCCAGCAAUGAAGGGGACCAGAAAGAACUGGGCAGUAGAGCAAAAAGGUUAUGUGCUGGAGAACGGCGACUGCCAUACAGUGGUGCAGAUUGGUGUUCAGGGGGAGAGAGUGAUGAAGAUGACCCAGGAUUCUUCAACUGUAACUCCACAGACAUAAAGCCAGAUGCAGGUGCUAUUUCUGCCUCUACGCCUACCCACAAUACAGUUGCAGGACAAAACACGGUGUCUGAACUGGGAAGUGGGCAGAAACCUGGGUCAAAGGUUGUUUAUGUCUUCACCACAGAAAUGGCCAAUAAGGCUGCAGAUGCAGUAAUAACGGGGCAUGUAGAAAACAUCAUCACUUACCACAUGAAUAAUAUCUCUAACGGCAAGGGUGGAAAGCCCCAGCUACCCCUAAACAAUCAGAUUGGAUCCCUUAGAAGUGACACCAAACAGGGAGGUCCGUCCCAGCAACAGCCCUCAUCUCACUCCAGUGAUCAGAACCACCAAGCAGCCUCUAAAGUAGUACAGUCAGCCCAGCAGCAACAACCUCAAGCACAACCCACUCAACCUCAGCAGCCAUCCCAGGGGGCAAAACCAUCUAGCCUCCCUCCAGACAGUGCACCUUCAGGGGGCAUGGAAUCUAAGAGCCUCCCUAGCUGCAGCCCACAGGAUGGUGCUGGAUCCCAUGACAGUAGUAAUUCUGCUGGGACGCCUGGUAGCCAGGCCUCCAGCCAGCCUCCCAAUACUGGCUCUCAACAGAGCUUCCCAUCCCUGGAUCUGCCUAAAGGAGCAGAUGCUAAGCUCACUGCUCAACAUCACCAGCAGCUGGCUCAUGAGAUCAUGUCUAGCAUGGGUGAGAAUUCUGAGGGUCUUUCCCAAGAGCAGCUGGAGCAUCGGGAGCGUUCCUUACAGACUUUACGUGAUAUACAGCGUAUGCUCUUCCCAGAUGACAAGGACAUGGCUUCCAUGGGCCAAGGGAACAUGGGUUGCCCUCCACCCAAUUCUGCAAUGAUGGAAGGAGGACCUAAGAAACAAGAACAAGGGCCUCUUCAAGCCAUGAUGGCCCAGUCACAAAGCCUUGGAAAGCCUGGUGGUCCAGGAGGACUGCGUCCAGAUGGACCCCCUUUUGGUCCUGGUCCUCGGGACAUGCACUUCUCUCCGGAUGAUCUUGGACCUCCUCCUCCUCAGGGUCCAGGCCCUUGUGGAGAACAUGGAGAUCAUAUGACCCCAGAGCAGAUGGCCUGGUUAAAACUACAGCAGGAGUUUUAUGAGGAGAAGAAGCGAAAGCAGGAACAGAUGCAGCAUAGACCAAUGGGAGACAUGAUACUCCACCAGGGUGGACCUAGAGGGAUGAUGCGAGGCCCACCCCCACCCUACCAGAUGAACCCUGGAGAGGUGUGGGGCCCUGGUGGCCCUGAACCAUUCCCUGACCAGAUGAAUAUGGGCCCCAGAGGGAUGCAUCCACACAUGCAGAGGAUUCCUGGCUUCCCUGGGAUGAUGAACCCUGAUAUGGAGGGAGGGCCCAAUGCUCUGCCCAGACCUGGAAUGAACUGGCCCGAUGACAUGCCUAAAAUGGGAGAUGGGAGAGUGUUUCCAUCUGGCCAAGGAAUGUUUGGAGGUCCAGGAGGACGCGUGGAAAGAUUCCCUAAUCCUCAGUCUGUACAGGAAGCUAUGUUCCAUCAAGGCAUGGGUGAUAAACAAGGCAUGGGUCUUCCUCCUGGCAUGAUGAUGGAGAUGAAUCGAAUGAUGGGUAACCAAAGAUCCAUGGAGCCUGGCAAUGGGGGUGGCAUGAUGUUUCCUAGAAUGCCAGGUGAUGGUCCCAUGAGUCCCUCCUCCAGAAUGGAGUUUGUAAAAGGUCUUGGUCGUGACAUGGGUGAAUUUGUCAUGGGACCUGGAAACCUCAACGUAAACAUGGGGCCCAGUCCUCAGAUGAUGCCCCCAAAGAUGAGAGAGCCACCAAUGAAUCUUAGUCCAGAGGAAAUUAUGAAGAUGAGGCAAGGUGGUGGACCAAUGCCUGAUAAUUUGGUAGCUCAACAGAGAAUGAUGCAGGGGCCUCCUUUCCCUGACCAACCCCAUGUAGGAGACCUCAACAUGGGACCCAAUCGACAGUUUCCUGGCAUGGGCCCCCAAGGCCUUGGGAAUCAAAGAGGUCCCAGAGGUGAGCCAGCCUUUGGUCCUGACCAAAGAGGAGGAAAUGUGGGUGGAAAUGGUCGCCUCAGUCACAUGCCUCCUUUACCACCCAACCAGGCACCAAACUGUGCAGGGCCACCUCCUGGCCCAAGAAAUAUAGGUCGCAAACCCUCAGAUCUGAGUGUCCAAUCUGGCCCUGCUAACUCGCCCAAUGUAAUCGUCAAUCCACUUAAGUCACCAACACUACGGCAGGUCCAGUCACCCAUGCUGGGCUCACCAUCAGGUAACCUCAAAUCCCCACAGACACCAUCCCAGCUGGCUGGUAUGCUUAGUGGGCCAUCAGCAGCAGCAGUAGCAGCAGCCGCCAUUAAAUCUCCUCCCAUGAUGGGGUCAGCAGGGGCAUCACCCGUCCAUAUGAAGUCUCCCUCGCUUCCUGCUCCCUCACCAGGCUGGACGUCAUCACCCAAGCCACCCAUGCAAAGCCCAGGAAUCCCACAGAACAAGCCUCCCCUUAGCAUGACAUCACCAAAUAUGAUGGGCAAUGUAGAGCAAGGUGGCAAUCCUCUUCCUUCAGCUCCUCCCUCCAGUAAUUCCUCGAGUCAGCAAGGCUCCAUUAAUGUUUCUGGAAGUCUUCCAUCCAGCAGUCCCUAUGCCAUGCCCCCAGAGCCAACGCUAUCCCAAAAUCCACUUUCCAUUAUGAUGUCACGCAUGUCCAAGUUUGCAAUGCCCAGCUCUACACCCCUCUACCAUGAUGCAAUCAAAACAGUGGCAAGUUCUGAUGAUGACUCACCACCUGCUCGAUCCCCAAACCUGCCAUCUAUGAACAACAACAUGCAAGGAAUGGGUUUGAACCAUCACCCUGGUCACCCUAGAAUGAUGACACCCAACUCUUCUGGGCCCAUGCCUUCCCUCAGCCCAAUGGGGAUGAACCCUAUGGGCUCUCAGCCACUUUCCCAUGGCAUGCCAAACCAGAUGCCCUCACCCAACCACAUGGGCCCCAAUAUACCUCCUCACUCGGGUCCUAUGGGGCCAGGCAUGAUUCCUCAUGGUAUGAUGAUGAACCCAGUCUCCCAAGACCCUGGCAUUGUUAACAACCAGAUGUCACAAGGCCGCAUGGGUCUCCACAGAGGACAGGGCUUUCCCCCAGGGCAGUCACCACCACAGCAGGUCCCCUUCCCUCACAAUGGACCUGGACCCCAGGGUGGCUUCCCUCAUGGGAUGGGUUUCCAGGGAGAUGGGGGACCACUGAGCCGGAUGGGUAAUAUGCCUCAUGGUCCUGGUGGAGAGCCUGGUAUGUGUAAACCUAACACCCCAGGAGGCCAGGAGUUUAAUAACAUGCCAGGUGUCUUUAAUGAUUCGGAUCUUCACGAGGUGAUGCGACCAGGUGCCUCAGGCAUUCCUGAGUUUGAUCUCUCUCGAAUAAUCCCUUCUGAGAAGCCUAGCCAGACUCUGUCCUACUUCCCUCGUGGAGGGGAUGCACCUGGUGGGAAGCCACCACACCCACCUGGCUUCCCCCAAAUGCAGGGGAUGAUGGGUGAGGGUAACCCAAGGAUGGGCCUGCCCAUGCCGGGAAUGGGAGGUCCUCCAGGCCCUGGACACAUGGGACCACAGGACAUGACCAUGGGUAAUCCAGGCCAUAAUCCCAUGAGACCCCCAGGGUUUAUGGGUCAGGGUAUGAUGGGGCCACAGCAUAGGAUGAUGUCUCCUGGCCAGCAGCCAGGAAUGAUGGGAGGCCCUGGAAUGAUGCAGGGCAAGGAAAGGCCAAUGUACAACCACCCUGGCCCUGUGGGCUCUCCUAAUAUGAUGAUGUCACUACAAGGGAUGAGUGGCCCUCAGCAGACUAUGAUGAUGCCUACUCAGAUGAGGCCUCGAGGAAUGGCAGCAGAUAUGGGCAUGGGAUUUAACCCUGGCCCAGGGAACCAUGGGAAUCUAAUGUUUUGAGCCUCCACUACAGUUGCGAACAAUUUGGAAACUGCAUAACCUGUGAAAUAAAAACCUUCAUAAAGAAUCACAAAAUGAAACUCUGUUCUUAAAGAGAGAUGUGUGGAAACUGGGACAUUUUUGUGCACAUAUACACAGACUCCCACACACCUGGGUAGAACAAGGUUUAUAGCUUACAUACACAGUGAUGGACAACCAUCACAGAGAAUCUUCUUCAAUGGUAAUGUAAUUUAACAGGUGGAAGUAAGAGAGAAGCUAAGUGUGCUUUCCUCAACUAGGGCUCAGGUCUGGCACAGUUUGGAAUGAGCUUUUUUCUGGUAAACUUGGGAAUGUAUAAGGAAUUUACAAGACUGAAUCAUGUCAAUAAAAUUUGCUUGACAUUGUGGAAAUGAUGCCACAUAUAAAGCCUACAGUAAAUAAAGUAUGAAAGUUUAAAGGCUUCUUUCUACUUUUAUACAUUGGUGGAAAGCAAGAAAGAUUGUUGGAAAAAAGUCAAUGAACUGAAAGAACAGAUGUCAAAAUGGAAAAGGUCAAGGAACAUUGUGUCACAAGGUGUACCGUCUUGGCUAUAUGUUUACAUCUCAUCCCAUCACUUCCCUCCAGACAGGAAAUGCUCUUUGUAUGUGUGUACUGUACUUGUGUUGUUAAAGGGAUUCUACCAGUGAUUUCAAUAGUUUUAUUUUCCAUCUUCAUUUGUAAAUGGGGGAUUGAGGUGGUUAGUUGUGGUCGAUAGGUGACCCAACAUCACCUCAAAAUACUGUGUACUGUGGGGCGUACAGAAUAUUUUAAAUUUAAUUUUCUUUGCUACUCCAGUGUAUGAUAAAACCAAACCAAGACCUCAUACAGAUCAUAGUAUUAUAAAAAAAAAAAAAAGCACAAACAAGAAUUAACUGUAAAGAAUAAAGUGUUUUUUUUUUUGUUUUUUUUUGUUGUUGGUUUUUUUAAUUGUAGAGAAAACACUUUGAGAGUCAGUAGGAGCAGUAAUCGGAUGUAUGCAGUGUGGUCUCCUGUUCCUGUUUUAGAAAUUUCUGUAAGCUGGGCUGGGAACAGGUGAGGGCUGACUGUGGAGGGGCAUUUUUGAAGCCCGUAAACCAGCACUCAGAUAUGCAGUGACGCUCAGGCUACUGUGUCUGUCUGACAAGGACUGUCGCUGUUUGCCACCACUGUGGAAUACACUUUUUUUUUAUUAUUAUUAAAUUGCUUGGCUUUGUACAGCUAUAUAGUGCAGUGCUGACAAUAUCUGAGCUAUUGGAGGGUGGAUUUUGUUUUUUUGUAGAAAACAAAUUAUUAUUAAAACAAAAACAGAAAAAAAGGUUGUCCUCUUGUCCCUACCCCUCCUGUGUUGAUGCUCGUCAUGUGUAACUCCAUUGAAUUUGGUACUGAACCACUUCCUAAGGCUGGACUGUGGUGUUGGACGACAAAUAAAAUAUAUUGUUUGGUAUAAA